AUGGCUCAGAGACAGCGGAAUGGCGUCACCUGGCUCUAUGCAGUUCAGUUGCAAGGAAGUGAUGACAGCUUAAAGCUGUUGGAGAAUAUCAGACACCAUCAAGGCCGGGGCGAUGAUCAUAAUAUGACGAGCGAAGCUGUCACCGCCCAAAACUCUAGUGGAAGUUUGAAGCUUGAGUUCAGAAAGAAGGGGACUUACCAGCUUUCGUGGAGAGCAAAGGUCGGGUUCGAAUAUCGCGAUCGAGGUGGGGACUACCUGGGAAUCACGCUAUUCCGCAUCUAG